AUGCCGUCGCGGGUCUCCUCCUUGUCUAUAAACCGCCGUCGACCGGUGUCGGUGGCCAGCGCCGCCGGCUCGGAUACCACGUACCACAGCUUCCACGACAUCGAGAUGUACAAACCCCCGGCCGCCCUUCCCGCCCCCGCCGGGAGCCAGGCCCCUCCGCGCGACGAGGAUGAAUUCAAGUUCAAGCCCAUACUCCGCCACGAUUCGGGGUACGAAUCCAUCCGGCCGCGAUCUCGGUCGGCGGCGUCGCGGCCCGCCCCCCCGCGGCGCGACUCCAGCAUGUCUACGGGCCCGGCCCAGCCGCGGAUCAGGGCGCGGCCGUCCGUCCGCCGGUCCGUCAAGUCGACGUCGAGCCCGCGCAUCGGCGCGCAGACGCUGCAUGCGGCCCCGCCGCCGCCGCCGCCGCCGCCAGCAAACACGUACUUCUGCUUCCCGCCGCUGGAGCCGCUCGCGAGCGGCCUCGGCGAGGAGGAGGACGAGGACGCGCGGGCAGCCGAGCCGGCGUACCCGCCGCCGCCGCAGACCACGCACUACUGGCUCAGCGACCACACGCGCCGGCUCGAGUACGCGGCCAUCGACGCGGCGAGCCGCGGCGUUAAGGGCUGGUUCCUGAAGCACGUCGUGCCCGACUGCUUCGUGCCCAAGGCGAGCCGGCGCGUCGGCUUCGACGACGACACCGGCAGCGUCAGGCGGUACCGGCUCGAGCUCGAGUGCGAGGAGGCCGAGGAGAAGGCCGGCGGCGGAGCCAAGAAGCUGGGCUGGCUGUUCGGCCGGUAG